AUGCCAUUUAUUCGUAGAGCCACCUAUCAAAUUAAUUAUCAUGGACCAGACGAGUCAUGUGUUGUAUAUCGUGGUAUGGAACUUGAUGAAGAUCAACUGGACUUUUUUACGCCAGGAAAGGUAUUUCGAUUUCCAGGCUUUACAUCGACAAGCACAAAUAAAAGUGUAGCUAAAGGAUUCGGUGACACUUUAUUUAAGAUUCAUGUUUUCUCACAAUGCCCUCAAGUAAGGAAUGUAGCGGAAGUUUCAUAUUUUCCAAUGGAAGAAGAAUGGCUAUUCGUUCCUUAUUCUCUUUUUAAAGUUACAAAAUCCGAAGAUCGAGUAAUUACUUUAAAAGCAAUGGAUAAUGUGAACGAUGUUGACGAAUCAACUACAACUGACGAUGAUUCUUCAGAUGCGGAUUCCACCGAUGAUGAUGAAUAA